UGUUUUCAUUGCAGCUAUCAAUUGCAUCAAUAUCGUAUUUUACUGUUAUAUAUUCUAUACAAAAGUGAGAGUAAUAUGAAUCAGCUAAUAUUAUGUUAAGACCAAAUGGUAAACUCGAAGAUAAGUAACUUUCCAUUCUUAAAAGUUUCGUUCUUAAAUAACUGUUGUAUUUUGACAAAUUGUCAGAAAAUGAGUGAAGAGAAUGACAUCUCCUUUAGUUUUAAAUUUCUUUGCGCUUCAUGCACAUCAAGAUGAACCCAAAAACUGAUUGAAUUUAUAUCUAGUAGCCACCUACAAUAUGUUUUCUUCUACUCAUACUAAUUUGCUAGGAAUAUGAAUUGGUACUAUAACUAAAUUGUUAUAAAAUUGCAGUCAUACUACAGGAGACGGUCAGAAUGUUGUUGUAAAUUAAAUAUCAUGCACAAAUGCUAUGGAAUAUAUACAUAUAUCACUAAUGUUACAAUUACUUCCAUCCAUUUGUAACAUUAUUUUUUUAUACACACUUAUAAGUACUAUAUUACAAACUGAUGUCAAUGUAAAUUUUCCAAGGAAUAUUAUAUCACGGACAAAUCUCGAAGGACUUAGUCAUCGGAAUGUAGCACACAGCCACAAUCAUUUUAUCUGUUUAACAUUCACAGUAGAAUUCACAUCGAUAUCAUUGAAUAAAGAAGUUAUAAAAUUAUCGAAUAUGGGACUCCCCUCUUAUUACCUUGAUCUUAUAUUAUGUGACAUAUAUUAUAGAGGAUACCGCGCUGAGUACCUCGCAGAAGGUCCUAACUAUCGCUCAGUGUUUAUUAAAAAGUUAUAAACAAAAAACGUUUAAUGAUUUUGUACGAAAAGUUCAUAUUCGGUAUCAAGAGACACGGUAGUGUCUCGCGCCAAGUGCACACGCGCAGCGACGACGUUUAUGCAGCGAGACACCGAUUAUACAGGGUCUCUCGCGUAAAGUGUCCAAUCACUCUGCUGCAGGUAGAUCUCGUUAAACUGAAUUAAAAAGUGCUAUAUCAUUUUACAAUUAACCACGUAAAUUUGUGAAAUAUUAAUAAAAGAAGAGUAACAAAUCAGGAUGUGCGAUGAGGUGAGAUAUUCAAAGACCGCUCACGCGCCAAGAUACAGUAUCUCCAACUACAAUAAGGGUUGAAAACUUGGUGCUGCUGUUUUUAGUGUUACUCUGCUGUUUUGGAAAUGGCAGCGCCAAGAUUUUAUCCCUUAUUUUAUUUGGAGAUGCUGUAUUUUGGUGCGUAAACGUUCUUUGGAUAUCAAUUUUGUUGUUGUGUCGCAUUUUCCCUCGAAUUUUGCGAUUCGACCAAGCAGCGCAUGAACUUGGCGUCUUUUUUUUCCUUUUUCAUGGAAAAGGUAAGUUUUGAUAUAAUGUUACAGGAAUUCAAACAAGACAAUUCUGCUGUAGACAUAUCUCAAAAAAUUUGUAAUGUACACGGUAAGGGUGUAAUAACAGAUAAUAUUAUCAAACUAUUAAAAAAUCAGGACACACGCAUAUACCUAUAUACAACUCAAUAAAUACGUGUUUCCCAAAAAAACGAAAUUUGAGGAUGCAAUUCAACAUUCGUUACAAACAUAAUAACUUGCAGAUAUAAUGAUGUAUUAUAUGUUAUAUAAUUACCAUCAAAUCAAACCUGACGUAUACGUACGAUCAACCACGCUCCUUUUAAGAAGCAUGUAUACUUCACGACUGCCUGGACUAAACUGACUGUAAAGACUGUUUGGAAAAAUCAAUUGCGCUUGCGCGAACUUCGGUCAAGAUAUCAUGACAUGACUAUUUUUCUGAAAAAAUAAAUAUCUGUUUUUACGGCGCCAAAUCGAUCGGGUAAUCGCCCACUUUUCUCUCCCGCGCAAAUUGCGAGCAAAUUAUUUCUAUAGCACCUUAAAUUACAUCUUGAUAUUUUAUGUUACUUUCGUCGGUGAAUUUAUGUUAAAUUAAGGAAUUUUGCUAGAAAUUGCGCUAGAGAAGUAUUAUAUAAUAUUCUUUAUUCGAAGAAGAAAAUAGGUAAAAUCGCUUUAUCGCGAUAUAUAGCUCUCAAAUACGUGUGGAAGCCAGACCAAGAGUGACCUGUAUGGAUACUGAAUUUCUUUACAUUCAUCAAAUUUCUCUGGUCGCAAUUGGGUUAUGGCCUUACCAUCGAACAAUACUUGUUCAACUUCAGUCUUCUGUGUUUUCUCUUACUAUGAUUAGCUCUAUUAUAUUUCAGCUUACAACAUUUUUAACUACAGAAUGGACUAUUGACUUUAUCGUUGAAAUUCUUUCUAUAUCACUUUGUCUUCUUUUGUGCGUAAUUCUUUAUACUUCUUUUUGGAUUAACAUGCAUGUUGUGAAACGUCUAUUGAAAAAUCUUCAGCACAUCUGUAGCGACUUAAAAGACGAAACCGAAAUUGCUAUACUAAAAAGAUAUGAACACAUUGCCAAAUGUGUUGCAAUUGGAUUCACGUUGUUGACGAUUUGCGGUUUAUUCAUCUUAACUCUUUUACCACUUCUGCCGCGGAUUUUCGACAUCUUUUUCCUCGUAAAUAAAUCCGAGCCAUAUCGCAAUAUAUAUAUCAGGACUGAAUAUUUUGUCGAUGAAGAAAAAUAUUUUUAUUUUAUUUUGCUGCAUCUGUACGCAGCCCAGUACAUAGCAGGAGCUACUUUAUUAGGAGGAGCAAUAGUGAUGACAGGUUACGGUAUAUAUUCUUGUGGAUUAUUUAACAUUGCCAGUUACCGUAUCGAACAAGCAAUGCGGAUAAAUAAUGACGAACUAACUAAUCGGAAGAACAAGAGGAAGAUCGACAAGAAGAUAAGUCAUGCAAUGGACAUUCAUCGCACAGCUCUUGAGUUAACUGAAUUCUAUCUAUAUAACUUCGAAGGAACAUAUUGUCUUAUAAUAGUGAUUAUUGUAAUUUGUUUGAGCCUUCAUCUGUUUGGAAUCUUUCACGCCAUCAGUUUUGUAUUUAGACUGGAAAAUUUUCUAUUGCACUGUUGUUUUGCGUUUGGCAUUUUAACAUCUUCAUUAGGAGUCAACUACAUCGGUCAAGCAAUUACAGACCACUAUAACUACAUGUUUUCAUCCGCAUAUAACGUUCGAUGGUACGUUGCACCUAUACACGUGCAAAGAUUAAUGUUGUUUCUUUUGCAAGCAGGCACUAAGUCUUAUAACGUGAAAUUCGGUGGUCUUUAUACAAUAUCUUUAGAAAGCUUUGCCUCGGUAAAACUAUUAUACAUUCUCAAUACGUAUUAUAUAGUAUAUAUAUGUAUAUACUGAAACCUAAAAUGAUGUUUUCAUUGCAGCUAUCAACUGCAUCAAUAUCGUAUUUUACUGUUAUAUAUUCUAUACAAAAGUGAUAGUAAUAUGAAUCAACUAAUAUUAUGUUAAGACCAAAUGGUAAACUCGAAAAUAAGUAACAUUCCAUUCUUAAAAGUUUCGUUCUUAAAUACCUGUUGUAUUAAAUUGUCAGAAAAUGAGUGAAGAGAAUGACAUCUCCAUUAGUUUUAAAUUUCUUUGCGCUUUAUGCACAUCAAGAUGAAUCCAAAAACUGAUUGAAUUUAUAUCUAGUAGCCACCUACAAUAUGUUUUCUUCUACUCAUACUAAUUUGCUAGGAAUAUGAAUUGGUACUAUAACUAAAUUUUUAUAAAAUUGCAGUCAUACUACAGGAGACGGUCAGAAUGUUGUUGUAAAUUAGAUAUCAUGCACAAAUUCUAUGGAAUAUAUACAUAUAUUACAAAUGUUACAAUUACUUCCAUCCAUUUGUAACAUUAUUGUUUUUAUACACUUAUAUGCACUAUAUUACAAACUGAUGUCAAUGUAAAUUUUCCAAGGAAUAUUUUAUCACGGACAAAUCUCGAAGGACUUAGUCAUCGAAAUGUAGCACACAGCCACAAUCAUUUUCUCUGUUUAGUAUUCACAUUAGAAUUCACAUUGAUAUCAUUGAAUAAAGAAGUUAUAAAAUUAUCG